AUGCCGGAGCCCGGGCCGGAUGCCUCGGGCACUGCCAGCGCGACGCCCCCGCAGCCGCCGCCCCAGCCUCCCGCAACCAAGGAAUCCCCGUUCUCCAUCAGGAACCUGCUCAACGGAGACCAUCACCGGCCGCCCCCGAAGCCUCAGCCGCCCCCACGAACGCUCUUUGCGCCGGCCUCGGCCGCCGCCGCCGCGGCCGCCGCUGCUGCGGCCGCAGCCAAAGGUGCCCUGGAGGGCGCCGCGGGCUUCGCGCUCUCGCAGGUGGGCGACCUGGCUUUCCCCCGCUUUGAGAUCCCAGCGCAGAGAUUUGCCCUGCCCGCGCACUACCUGGAGCGCUCCCCGGCCUGGUGGUACCCCUACACCCUGACCCCCGCCGGCGGCCACCUCCCGCGACCAGAAGCCUCGGAGAAGGCCCUCCUUCGAGACUCCUCCCCUGCGUCCGGCACCGACCGCGACUCCCCGGAGCCUCUGCUCAAGGCUGACCCCGACCACAAGGAGCUGGACUCCAAGAGCCCGGACGAGAUCAUUCUGGAAGAGAGCGACUCCGAGGAAGGCAAAAAAGACGGCGAGGCGGUGCCUGGCUCGGCCGGGACCACAGUAGGGGCGACUGCGGCGACACCAGGCUCAGAGGACUGGAAGGCGGGCGCUGAGAGUCCCGAGAAGAAGCCGGCUUGCCGCAAAAAGAAGACGCGCACCGUCUUCUCCCGCAGCCAGGUCUUCCAGCUCGAGUCCACCUUCGACAUGAAACGCUACCUGAGCAGCUCCGAGCGAGCCGGCCUGGCUGCGUCGCUUCACCUCACCGAGACACAGGUCAAGAUCUGGUUCCAGAAUCGCCGCAACAAGUGGAAGCGACAGCUGGCAGCCGAGCUGGAGGCGGCCAACCUGAGCCACGCCGCUGCGCAGCGCAUCGUGCGCGUGCCCAUCCUCUACCACGAGAACUCUGCGGCCGAGGGGGCGGCGGCGGCCGCGGGGGCCCCGGUGCCGGUCAGCCAGCCGCUGCUCACCUUUCCGCACCCGGUCUACUACUCACAUCCGGUGGUCUCCUCCGUGCCCCUGCUACGGCCGGUGUGAGACGGGAUAGGGGAGAGGGAGUGAGCACCCGGCCACCUUUCGGGGGCCCCGGAGGAGACUGGGCCGGGCCGAGGGUGCAAGGGCUGUGGCCAGCGACCUUGGGCUCACUGCCUUGCCUCCCACCCCCCAAUAACAUUUUGUAAGUAUUUGCAAUGCAUUUUCGUGCAAUUCAUUCCUGUGAAUUUGAGGCGCCUCUCCUCUCAUUUUUGGUUUUGCUUACCAUUGAGAGAAAACGGGGUGGGGUUUGGGGGAACCACAAAAUUACCAGGUCAAAACUUCCAACUGAAAGUUGUU